ACAUAGAGCUGAUCAGGCAGAGGGGUCUUUUUUAAAGAAGCAAGACGAUGGUGGUUUAUGGAAAUACUGUUCCCGCAGAAGCAGCAUCUUUGCUUUUUCGAUACGAGCCGUUGGAGAAGCGUCGUUUAGAAAAUUCGUCACAAAGGUUACUGAAACGAGGCUAAGAAGUAGAGUGUCAAUGAUUAAACUUGUACAAACUAAAAUAAUCACGUGGUGAAAGAAGAAACGCAGUUUUGGUGUCCAAUCGGUCGAACUACCGAACCGAUACAACUUGCAUUAGUAUCGCUUCCAAGAUACAGGUUCCAGGCUACAGGUUCCGCCCCAGUCAUAGGCCGCGUGUGCGUGCUGGUGUUGUUGCAUCGACACAGCCUCCCGCGAUCGAUACCCGAUUCCGGGCCAGCCAACCAACCAACCCAUCUCUCUACCCAGCAGUAUUUGUUGCAAAGUGAUUCCGCUCCGUUAGCGAGCGACCGUUGAUUGAUUCUAUAAGGCGCGCAGCGAUCGUUUUUCUCCUUCCGCUGGCAGCGAAGGAAGAAAACAAUUGCCGUGUACUGUUUGUUCUGGUGUCGCGUUUUACGUGCAUCAACCCGCGGGGCGCAUUUGUUGCGUCCUAAGCAGAAGUGACAUUUGCUUUUCGUUGUCAACACUGGUGAAGCUGUUUUCGCUGUGGUGAAUUAUCGGCUGAAAGUAUAUCAGUGUGUGUGUGUGUGAUUCGGAACUGAUCACUGCGUGUGCUAGAUUUGUUCUCCGCGUAGCCAACGUUGGUCAUCAUUAGCAGCAUGAUGAACAACAGCAGCGGCGAUGAGCAGGUCGAGUGUCCACUGUGCAUGGAGCCGCUAGAGGUGGACGAUCUGAAUUUCUACCCCUGUACCUGUGGAUAUCAGAUCUGUCGCUUUUGCUGGCACCGGAUCCGCACGGACGAAAACGAGCUGUGCCCGGCGUGCCGGAAGGCGUACCCGGAAAACCCGGCCGACUUUACGCCCCUGUCGCAGGAGCAGAUUGCGGCGUUCAAGGCGGAGAAGCGGCAGCGGGACCAGCAGCGGAGGGCGAAGAUUUCCGAAAACCGCAAACACCUGGCGAACGUGCGGGUGGUGCAGAAGAACCUGGUGUUUGUCGUGGGGUUGCCGCCCAGAUUGGCCGAUCCGGAGAUUCUGAAGAAACAUGAAUACUUCGGAAAGUAUGGUAAGAUCCAUAAAGUGGUCAUCAACCCUAGUACAACGUAUGCCGGUGUGCAGGGUCCCUCGGCGUCGGCGUACGUGACGUACAUCAACAACAACGACGCGCUGAGGGCGAUCCAAAGCGUUAACAACAUCAUGAUCGAUGGUCGACUGAUAAAGACGAGCUUAGGUACGACGAAGUACUGUAGCCACUUUAUGAAAAACCAAACCUGUCCCAAGCCGGACUGCAUGUACUUGCACGAGCUCGGCGACCAGGAGGCUAGCUUUACGAAGGAGGAGAUGCACCAAGGGAAGCAUCAAGAGUACGAGAAGCGGCUGCAUGAUGCCAUGCAGGCGCAGUUAGGUCUGACGUCUGCAGCAGGAGGGCAUGGCAGCAACGGCAGUGGUAGUGCGGCGGCAACGGCAGCGACGGCGGCGUCCUCUGGCGGUGGUACGGCCACCGCGGCCCCGACCGCCGGCCUGGUGUCGUCGACGGCGGCGGCAGUAGUGGCGGCGUCGGCGACGACGGCAGCGGCGGCUGUUGCGGCGGGAACAACUGCAGCAGUUAAUGGGAAUAGCGCCGGCAACAAGGAAAACUCGAACCGAAGCGACCGAAAGCACGAAACGAAAUCUCGCUCGAAAGGAGGCAAAAACAAGCAGCAGCAGCAGCAACAGCAGCAACAACACAACAACAAAAAUAGUCACGACAAUUCCAGUAAUCAUAAAGAUAGUACAAGCAACGUGACUAGUGCCAACGGUGUUGUUGCUGCUGCGAAGGGAGGCAGUGCGGCGUUGGUAAACGGCAAAGGAAGCAAGGCUUCGAACGGAAAGCAGCAGCAGCGGAACGGUGCUAGCAACGCCCCAGAAGCUCACGAGCAUGCGAUUGUGAACGGUAACAGCAAGGAGGCACAGAACAAUAGCAAAAACCUGAAGCAGCAGCAGCGCGAACGCGAGCGGGAACAGCGGGAGCAGCAAUCCCUGCUCAAGGGUAGCAGUGAUAGCGGCGAGCAGCAGCAACAGCAGCAGCAGAAACAGCAGCAACCACCACAGAGCAAAAAGCGAGAAGCUAACGGCACCAGCAAUGGCCCCACGGCGACCAGCAUUAGCAAUGGGAACGCAAAUGGAAACGGCCAUAUUAUCAAUAAUGAUCUGGACGAUGACGAUGACGAGCUGGACUUUGAGGAUCUGGACAAUGACGCACUGUCGUCGGACAAUGAUGGCAAAACGGAUUCGCCUUCGUUAAGUAGUUCGGCUUCCUCCCGGAACGGAGUGGACAGUGAGACGGCUAGUGGUAAGAGCACCCCCGGUGCGUUUGUCGAUACGCUUAACAAUGGUGACAGCAAUGUGAUAGACGCUGGUGCAUCCGUCGGUGACGCUGUCGCCAGUAAGACCGACGCAUGUGAAACGAAUGCCAUACCAGCCGCCACCGAUGGGGACGCCGCGGAUUCGAACCGCAGCUCCUCGUCGCCAUCGUCGAGCUCGUCGAUGGGCGAUGAAAAGGCGGACAGCGAAAGUACUGCCCCGGUCGCCUCCUCAUCCUCGACUACAACCUCGUUGUACGGUGGGCUGGACGAUGGUACGGAUACCACCGCAGCCGUGAUCAGUGCGACGAUGGGCAAACUGUCCGUCACUGACACGACCGCCAGCAACGGUGGUAUCAUGAAUCACAAGUUUGCCAACGAACUGAUCGACCUGAGCGCGCGCUACGGUAAGCUGGAAAGCAUACUGGACGACAAUAGUAGCUUCUUCUCGUACAACACGUUCGAUCCGUACGGCAAGCCGAGUGCGGCUGGCAGCACGGACCUGGGCGUGGACAGUGGUAGCGGUAAUCAGAGCGUUGGUUUGACCUCUUCGCAACUUCCCGAUCUCUUGAGCGGUACAAACGACACAAACGAACAGCACGCAAAGGAGCUGUUGAAAAACAUGGGAAAUCUUCAGCAGCAGCAGCAGCAGCAGCAUCAGCAACACCACCAGCUUCAGCAGCAUCAGCAUCAGCAGCACCUUCUGCAGCAAGUCGCCCGCUUCCAGCAGCAGCUCUCUGCCGGGCUAAUCGGUAACGGUGAUAGUAGCAUGAUUGGCGGUGCGGGCGAUGAGCUCGACCCAGCCCUCACCAAAUGCUUACUGCGGCAGAAGUACAUGGUGGAGGAUCAGCAGGAGGAGUGGCUUCGUCUGCACCAGCAGCAACAGCAGCAGCAACAGCAACUGCAGCAGCAACAGCAACAGGAGCAACAGAAACGCAACCACCUGAACAAUGGACUGAAUGGACUACCGCCAUUCCAUAAUUUUAACGAAUUUGGAACGAAUGAUUUCUGGCACAAAACAUAUGCUAUGCGAAACAACUUCCUAAGCCAGCAGCAACAGCAGCAACAGCAGCAGCAGCAGCAGCAGCAACACCAGCAACAACAAAGGCUACACACAGACAUGAGCCAGAUGUACGGAAAUGCAAACAUGUCCAAGUUGAACAAGUUCUUCGACUUCCACAAAAACCAGCAACAGCAGCAGCAACAGCAGCAGCAGCAGCAAUUUUUACUCAAUGGACAAAAUUCACUCCCGCAGCAGGCGCUUGACAUGAACUUGCUAGCGCUGGAAAACAGCCGUUUGAACAACCAUUUCCUUGAUCAACACAACGAAAAUUUGUUAAGCUCCCAGCAGCUCCACAAGCAGCGGCUGCUUAACCUUGGCGCUCACAAUCCACUCCUGAACGGUGGAGAUCGUUCCAUGCCGCAGCACAAGGCAUCGGUAGCGGCGGCAGCAGCAGCAGCAGCUUCGCAGUCGCAACAGUCGGGCAGCAGAACCCAAUCGCAGCCGCAGUCACAGUAUCCCCAAAACCCGACCGCCGACGAUGACCUUGGGUUCGAUCCGUUCCUGGAAACCCAGAAGGCACUGGCCGAGCUGAUGAACGAUGAAAUGAACCAGCAGCAGCUGCCUCAGAGCGGCUCGAACCACAGCAAGGUGCUAGAGAAUGUUCAGCAGCAGCAGCAGCAACAGCAGCAGCAACAGCAACAACAGCAGCAGCAGCACCAGCAACAGCAUCAACAACAGCAACGUACCCGCAUGCCACCGCCUGGCUUCAACCACAUGAACGCUUUCGGCUUUGGUGUACCACGGGCACAAGGCAGCAAAAUUCUACCCUUCAUGAACGGUGGUAUGCAAAUGCCGAAUGGACAGCAGCCGCAGCAGCCGCCGCAGAACGGCAACUGGAAUCAGCAGUUGCAGCAACCCUUCCUAGGAUAUCAGCAAAAUGAGCACAUGGCUCAGCCGCAGAACGGACUCAACAAAGCAGCGUAUGGCAAUAAUCUCACCGACUGGACGUCGAUGGACCCGGCCAUCGUUUCUUACCGUCAGUUCUCAUUUAUGAACGGACCAAACCAACCGGCCGGGGGUGAUCUGUUUCUGAACGCUCAGCAACAGCAGCAACAGCAGCAGCAGAUGAAUCAGCAGCAAAAUCUUCAACCUGGACAAGGUUUCGGACACCAUGGUCUCAACUUGCAGUCGAACCUGAUGGGUCAACAGCAGCAACAGCAGCAGCAACAACAACAAGCAAAUCCACAGCUUAACUUUUCUCAUGUCAACAUCAUCAACAACGAGCGAAACGUUUUCAUGUACGAAGUAGCCAACUGCGGUUUCCCGAACGGCUUCGACAAGUACUCGAUCCCGAUGCCACCGGGCUUUCAGAACAACGUCCCCGGCAACAACAAGCAGAAAACCGAAUGCAUCAACUAAGCAUAUGGCAUGGCAGCAUAAUACAGACAAAACGUAAACUCAACAAACACAACACAAGUAAUCACACAUUUCCGAUUGGCGCCGAUGCUGAGCGCAUGGGACAGCUCCAAGCAAGCAAGCAUCAUCAUCAUCAGAACGGUGCAGCGCAAACAGAACAACAAAAAACUACUUCGUCUGCUACCCGCCGCGCUUGGUUUGGUGCGCCUUCUCCCACUUCCCGAACACAGUGAGGCGCGCCCGGACGCUAAGGCGACCAAAACAAAACAUUCUUCGAUGGUGUUUCCUCGUGCACAAAUUCAUUUCUGCGCAUGUGAUGAGAUGUGGUGUCGUCGAGAGCUAGCAUAUGAGAGCAAGCGAGAGUGUGCAGUAAGUACUCUAGUCUACUACCUUCGUUUAUUAUUUUUUUGUAAGUGCGUCGAAAAUGAAACAUGGAUAUAUUGCGACAUGAAAGGCAGAGCACAAAACACAGAAUUUCCAUUAAUCCAUUCCUCAGUGACAUUAUGAUCAGUUUACAGAGGUUUUCCUACUGCAGUGUACGUGUUAAAGAGAUGCGCCUAAAAAUGGCCUAUCCCUACCCGAAUUGGAAAAAAAAUCAGAUGAAAGUGGUAGUAGAUGAUGGAUACGCGUGCAAUGGUGGUAUGUUGCGUUCGAGAACACCUUAAUUGCGAGAUACAUAAAUGUACUAGAAAAGUUAAUAGCCUUACACUCUACUAUCCGUGUUUUAUCGUUGGAGGUUUUUUUUUUUGGUACGAAGGACAAACUGGUUCGAUCGAUUUUGAUCGGCAUUUGAGAUGGUUCAAAAGGAACAA